GUCAGAGGAGCUUUUAAGAGAAAUGUCUAGCUUUUUUCUUUCUUCCCUUUCGAUCAAAUAAACAAGACAAUCUAAACCAUGUCUAGUCUCGAAACAAGAUCAAGCAGCCCGAGCGAUCGUUUCAUAAAGCCGCAUUUGCCUCCGCUGCAACACAAGAGACCUUCACCACCUGAAUCUGACGAGAGUGACGAUGAUCAGUUCACUUUCAGCCCGGUCCAUUCACCAGCACUCAACUCGGGAACUUUCACCAGUGGCCACAGAAAAUUUGUGCUCACACCAGCACAUGAGUUCUACUAUAGACAGAAGAUGCUAUCAUUAUCUAGAUCACAAUUCGCUACAGUAAGCGACUACAGUGCGCAUGUCACAGCAAUAGUGCAGAAGCUUAUGGCUGCUGGCGUACGCCUCACCGAGAGCGAAGCGACACACGCUUAUAUUCGAGGAUUACCUGACGUUACCGCCCAAGCUGUCUUAUCUUCGCUUGAGAACAACACGUCAUUUACAAAAGUACAACUGCUCACCCACGCUGUCGAAGAAGCUCGCUCGUCUGCCGUAAUGGCUGGCCAAUAUGCAGCUGAGCAAGCGACCGAACCAGUACAAAACAAUAGAAAGACAACUGCAUCACAUCGCAGAGUGAGAUAUAGAUCGCACUCAGUCACAACGCAGCCUACAUCGAAUCACCUCAUGACAGCUUUAACGUCGACGCCGCAAACUACCACAAUGUCAAGGCCACGUUCAAUUGCCUUCCCACGGGCACACAGACCUAGUAUCUCUAAUGUUAAUGACAUAUUUGACAAUGAUAAGACACCACAAGCCGGAACGUCGUUGCCAAAAUUCACUCCACUCAGUCCACCUUCAGAAUCACUCCUGAGUCAGACAGAAAAACUUAGUCUAUGUUCGCCGACGAGACAUAAGAGAACUGUACAGCGCAGUUCUCCUUACGCUUCCCCAACUAAGCGCUCGCCAGUCAAGCGUGAAGGCCCAUUUGGAUUAGGAUUGGGUAUCUAGAAAUAGAUCAGAAUUGCCCACUACACUUUUUAGGAUCUCGGAUGUAACAUUACCAACAUUACCAAUAGUACGAACAUUUUCAACAACUAUGUUUUAUUUUCUCUCAUUUUUGCUCACGAUAUUCUCUACUCAUGACAUGUUUUUCUUUUUUGUAUUACCAAAUAUAUAAUAGAAAUCUUAAAUAAGAACAAG